AAAACAAGAGCAAGGUCUCAAAGAGCUAGACUCUCCCCGCACCCUGUUGACAGUCUGCCCUUCUGUUCUCUCUCUCCUGACCCUCAUUUGUUUUCUAUCAUUCCUCUCUAUGUUUAUUUGGAAAAGCCCCAAAAGAAAGAACAGAGAAGAGAAGAGACCUCGUGGUGGAGUUGGUUCUUAUAUGUAAUUCAUCUUCUUCUCAGUCCUCUUCUUUUACCUGCUUCUGUUUCUAUCAUCAGAUCUAGCAACAACCCACACUUUUUCGAUUUUUCCUUGUACCCUUCUUAUUCUCUGUUUCAGUAGAAGAUAUGAGUAAAGAAGAGUUCUUGAAGAUCCAGACAUGUGUUCUGAAAGUGAAUAUUCACUGUGAUGGGUGUAAGAGCAAAGUAAAGAAAAUCUUGCACAAAAUUGAUGGGGUUUAUAAAACACAUAUAGAUUCAGAACAGGGGAAAGUGACAGUGUCAGGAAAUGUAGCCCCUGCCACACUCAUCAAGAAGCUUGCAAAGAGUGGUAAACAUGCAGAGCUUUGGGGUGCUCCAAAACCCAACAACAAUCAACAGAACCAACUCAAUAACCAGUUCAAGAACAUGCAGAUUGACAAUGGCAAAGGCGGGAACAACAAGGGCCAAAAGGGAGGAAACAAUCAGCAGCAGCAGCAGCAGCAGCCUAAAGGAGGAGGUGGGCAACAACAGGGCCCAACCCAGCAGCAGCAGCAGCAGAUGCUUCAGCAACUUCAGAUGAAAGGGUUUCAAGAUCUGAAGCUGCCCCCCCAAUUUAAGGACCUUAAUAAGAUGCCCUUUAACAAUCCCAACAAGGACCAGAAGGCUGUGAAGUUUGAUGAUGAUGAAUUUGAUGACGACGAUGACUAUGAUGAUGAUGACGAUGACUAUGAUGAUGAUGAUGAGUUUGAUGAUGAAUUGGAUGAUACCCCUGUUCAGCCUCCUAACAAGAUGAAACAACCACCACCCAUGAUGGGUAACGCUAUUCCUCAAGGAAUGCCUAAGAUGCCUAAUAUGAUGAUGAAUCAGCAACAAAUACAGCAGCUAAUGGCUGCCCAGGCCGCCAAGGCUGGAAAUGCUGGUGGUAAUCCUGGCGGAAAUGGUGGUGGGAAUGGUAAAAAGGGUGGUGGUGGUGGAAAUAUACCUGUUCAGAUUAAUGGAAUGGGUGGUAACAGUGGUGGAAAGAAAGGAGGCGGCGGCGGCGGAGGCGGAGGCGGAGGCGGCGGUAAUGGAAAUCAAAAUCAAGGUGGUGGUGCAGGCAAAAAUGGUGGCAAGAAUGGUGGGGGAGGUCCAUCAGAUGCUAAAAAUAAUGGUGGAGGUCAGAACAAGAAUGGUAAUGGUGGUGGUGGGGGUGCUAAUGGGAACAACAUGAAUGGCGGUGGGGGCAAGAAAGGGGGUGGAAUGAAUGAUGGUAUGCUCAAUAUGAAUCAUAACAUGAUAGGUGGUAUGAAUCCUGGUGGUAAUGGGGGUCAAGUGCCACCAAUGGGUCAAAUGAGCCAGAUGGGUCAUGUACCCAUGGGCCAGAUGGGUAAUAUUCCGGCAGUCCAAGGCCUUCCGGCCGCGGCAAUGAAUGGCGGUGGCGGCCCUUACUUCCAAGGAGCUGGACCUGAAAUCAUGGCUGGAAACCCCUACUACCAGCAACAACAAAUGGCUGCCAUGAUGAUGAAUCAGCAAAGGGCAAAUGGGAACGAAAGAUUUCAACCGAUGAUGUAUGCCCGGCCUCCUCCGGCCGUCAAUUACAUGCCUCCUUACCCGUACCCGCACCCACACCCGCCUCAGGCGGAUCCGUACACCAACUUCUUUAGUGAUGAAAACACUUCAAGUUGCCAUGUGAUGUGAACCUGCCGGAAUAUUCUGCCUUCUCGCGGUGUUGAUGGCAGUGGCAGUGGUGGUUCUGGGUGUUGGGUUAUAGUUUGAAGGAGUUGGGAAGUGUUGAUCCAUAUAAUCCAUGGAAAUGGAAUUUUCAUUUGUAGCUUUAAUCUUUCUUUUCCCUUUUUUUUUUCUUUUUUUAAUCCUUAAGUUAGGUUUUUAUUUACCAUAUGAAGUAUUUAUAGAUAAUAUAUAUUAAAGAAGAUGAGAUAUGUAAGUGGGAUGGUUGUGGGCUUUGAAUGAGAGAUGUUUAUAUGUGUUAAUAUGUGUUUGGGAGACACAAAUAAAUUGAACAGAGAGAAUCGGGUUUAGCAAAAGGCCCAUCUCUAUGCCCAUUUAUAUCUCAAGUACUCUUGGCCAUUUUAAUAAUAACUUCAUACUUAUCUCUCUAAUUAUAUUAUACCAUAACAA